CGUUUACCUGACUUAGCUAAAGAUAUAGCCUAUGCCGUUACCUCAGACAUAGCUACAAACGUAACUCCAACCUGGGGAGAAUUGAAUAAUUAUAUUACCAAUCUGAAAAAAGUAAACACAUAUCUUUAGUCAUGCAAUCAAUAAUAUUGUAAAUAAUUUAACAAUUUAACAAUUUAUUACAUAGCAAAUACCGAACGUGAAUGGUAAUAUUUUAGUUAGUAUAUUAAAAUUAUUAUAAGUCUUUAUAACUUUCUAUUUUAUAAUUUGUAUUGUAUAUUUUACCGAUAAAUAUUUAAUAAGAACACACUUGAUUAUGACAGGGAAAACCGUGUACUAAUCGAACAAUUUUGGUAGUUAAUUAAAUAUACUAUGCAAACUGUUAAAAAUUAAUGGAAUUGAGUGGCCAAACAUAAAAUGAAAAUGGAAAUAAUGCAGGUUAUUGUACACUGACCCUGUGUUUACCACGGAAUAAGAUAGUUAAAUGUAGCACGGACUGGUACUGAUGUUUUAAGAGACGAUGGCAUAAAUAUCAAAAUAUCGACUCGCGCACGGCGAAAAGAUGUGGAGGUUUCGAUUUCCUGGAAUAUAAUAUAGUUUAUUUUUCUUUAUUAUCUAUUGUUACUUAUACCCUACAAAGCCUGAUUAAAAUACUUUUAAUAUAAUUAUCGUUUUUAUUAAAGUCUUUGGUGAUCCAAUAAGAUACAAGCUACUCUAAAAUUGUAUACUUAUUUAUUUCACCCUUAUAUUUGGGAGAAAACCGUAAUGGUUGGAUUUUCAAAUGGCUUCCUAUAGUAAAAAUUCCAUAAAUAGAUGGAGUAUUAGUCAAAGCAAAUUUUACUACCGACAUUUUUGAUUUUCAUCGAUUUGUUGACGUAUCUCUUCAACAAAUCUCACUUUUAAUAUUCGGUUAGAGGAGAGUAGUAGAAGUAAUUUAUUUGGCGGUAAGGUGAGCGGCGAUUUGAUAAUGCAAUCCUGUAUCCAUAGGCAAGAUAUUUAGUUCGGAUCAUGCCCGAGAAAAUUUAAUUUAUAAGGUGAAUCCCUCUCCCCCUAAUGAACUAUGAAAACUUUUUUUACAAAUUAAAGGUAAGAAGAUUUUUAAAUGGCCCACAGUUGUGUUUAUUCAGAAUUAAAUUUUUAUGUAAGAUAUGAUAAAUAUUUUUGAUUUAUAAUAUUCAACNUUUAUAUAUAUAUAUACACAUAUAUACUAACUUCGAUAAUAUCAUUCAAGCGAUUACAUUAAAGUAAAUUGACCUAUUACACAAAUUAAAGGUAAGAAGAUUAUUAAAUGGCCCACAGUUGUGUUUAUUCAGAAUUAAAUUUUUAUGUAAUAUAUAAUAAAUAUUUUUGAUUUAUUAUAUUCAACAUAUUCAUAUUUCAUUAAUUAACAUAAAUAUCGAAAAAUCAUCUUAACUGAAGUACAUUGAUUCCUCUUACCUAAUCGCGUUAUUUUUGUUUAAAUUACAUACAAUAUUGUACAUAUUAUAAUGAUCACAGAUAUUAUAUACCUAUUACAUAUGCAUAAUUUUUCAAUACAUAAAACCGCUACUUAAAGAAAUUUUAGUUUUAAAUUUAGGUAAGGUGGGAGUAGUAAAGCAUUAUUUGUUUAGUGGCACGGCGCCCGGCAUUUUACAAGUGAUAAACAUAAUAUGGUAAUAUGAUUAUAAUUACAAUAUAACGUCCAACUUUCGGUAAAAUUUCAAAAAAUAGUUGAUAGGCAAACAAUCGAACGGACAUCAAACAAAACUAAAAAAUUCCUUGGAAUAGUCAGAACUUAAUUGUUAAGCGUUAUGUGGUCAUUUUAUUUCAAAUUCUAAGAAAAUCGAGGAAUUUAAAUUGGUUUUACCCAACCUAAUCAGUUUUAACAGAAUACACAGAUAUUGACCUUUUCUAUACACGGUAAAAGUUUUAAAGUUUCUCUGAGUUAUACAUAGGUAUUUGACAUUUUCGACGUUUUUGUUUUGUCUUAAUGUGUUAGUUAUUUUGAAUAAACAAUAUUAUGUUUGUGGGUUUUUAAGCGUUUUAAAAUAAAAUGAUUGCGAAAAACGUAAAAUGGAUGUAUUUGAAAAUACGUAUUACCGAACUUUGCUCAGGUUAAUUUUUCUUACCAUAUGGUUCUCUUUCAAUAUACCUAACCAUUCCUUAGUAUCCGAGGAGACUCUUUGUUUUCCUUUGAAACGUUUAAUGCAACUUAUUCGAUAAUAUAAAUGGCAAUAUUAUUGGUUUGUUAUAUUCGAAAAUCAGUAUUUGACAUUUUUUUUUACUUUUUCUUUAUACAUUAAGUGUUUCAAUACAAUAUGUUGUAAAAUCAUUUUCCUACUGGUAAUUUUUGUAUUUUCACUAUCUAUAUAUGAAGCUAUUUAACAUAACUAUUUAUAUUUUUUAACAAUUAGUUCGUUGUUCAUUCAAGCGGGAUGUGAGAUCCGAUACAAUCUAUGUUAAGUUUAACAGUAUAUUGUUUGGGACAAAAACUUAUAGAUUUUUGGCCGAUCCUGAAAGAAGAAAGGAUCUGGCUAACAUUUACGAGGAUGUAUCAGACGAUGAAUCAGACAAUAAAUCAGACCAAGAACAGUAUGUUUAUAGAAUAUGCAUACAUUACAAUGCAUGA